GGACGUACUUCCUGUUUUCACCAGAGCGUCGUACAGCAAACAUGGCGGCCUCCGGUGGAAGAACCGUGGGAUCUUUUCUCUGGAAAUGCGGAAAUUGCUACUUCAAUUUUAACACAGUCUCGUCAUAUUUAACUCGCCAGGUGCUGUCCAGACAGCUAUGUGUGAGUGCUGUGCUCCACAGGAAGAACCUGGCUGCAGCGGGCCCAGAGAAGUUCUCAGAGGAGUUCAUCAAGAAGCAGGUGGAGGAGUUCAACAUCGGGAAGAGACAUCUAGCCAACAUGAUGGGAGAGGACCCUGAGACCUUCACUCAGGGGGACAUUAAUAGAAGCAUUGCAUACCUGUUCCCCUCUGGCCUGUUUGACAAAAAAGCCAAACCACUGAUGAAGCAUCCGGAUGAGGUGUUUCCAAAACAGAGAGCUGUCCAAUGGGGUGCAGAUGGACGGCCAUUCCACUUUCUGUUCUACACAGGAAAGCAGUCCUACUACUCUCUAAUGCACUUCUCUGGUGGGUAGUCGGUGGUUGCUGAAAGAAGAGCUGGAGGAGUUGUUGGUGGAGACCAUCUCAGAACACGAUUAUGCACGGUUCAUCCAGCUGAUGGAGAGGUUGCUGUCUCUGCCCUACUGCUCUGUGGAGGAGGACUUUGUCCAGCGCUACCGCAGACAGCUGGAGAUCCAGUCCUCCAAGCAGCAGGUCCAGCCCCUACAAUACGACCAGCACGGAGUGGCUUACAGCACCGGAGAUGGCAGAAGGAAGACCGCUACGGGUACUGUCCUACUGAGAGACAGCGGCUCAGGAUCCAUCAGCAUCAACGGGACAAACUAUGUCCACUACUUCCCUGUCCUGCAAGACCGAGAGCAGUUGAUGUUCCCCCUCCACUUCAUGGAGGUGCUGGGGAGGUUUGACAUGCAGUGCAGUGUGAGUGGCGGGGGCCAUUCCAGCCAGGCGGGGGCGCUACGCCUUGCCAUCUCCCGCGCCAUGCUGAGCUUCCUGUCUGAGGGACAGGUGGAGACCAUGAGACAAGCUGGGCUGCUGACCCCUGACCCCAGAAUUAAGGAGAGGAAGAAGCCGGGCCAGGAGGGAGCGAGGAGGAAGUUCACCUGGAAGAAACGUUGAGGUGGAGGACAGAAUAGAUCUGGACACAGGGAAAUCACAGCAGCAUAUUCAUCAUUAUCUUCCUCUGAGAUCAGAACUGUUAUUAGUAAGUGGACAAAUUGUUCAUCCAACCCCUGUUGUAGCUUUUUAUAUGUCCCCUAAAGGUGUUUUAGAUCUGGAAAUAGCCACCAAGUACAUGACUCAAAUGCAUGUACAAAUUCAAAGGGGUUCUGUCCAUGUGAGGGCAGGAUACCCAACUCCAUAUAGGCUGUAAUGUUUUUUUUCUGCCACCAGAGGGCCAUCUCUGGCAACAUACCUGUCCAUUGUCUUUGUCUGUAUAUUGAAAAUAAAAUGUUGUUUUUCACAUA